AGGUGCGGCAUGUGUUGUCUUGCAGUUGCCGAUUCAUUGUGGUGAUGGCGGUGAACGGUGCAGAAGGUGCUGGUCUGAGACAAGUGGCCGCCAUGUACGAGCAGCUGAAGGCCGAGUGGAACAAGAAGAGCCCGAACCUCAGCAAGUGCGGGGAUGUGCUGGGCAAGCUGAAGUUGGCGCUUUUGGAGCAGAAUUUUUUACCCACCACUGAUGCCAGGCUGACCAAGCAGCAGCUCGUUUUAGCUAGAGACGUUUUGGAGAUUGGCGCCCAGUGGAGCAUCCUGAAGAAAGACAUCCCGGCGUUUGAGAGAUACAUGGCGCAGUUGAAGUGUUAUUAUUUUGACUAUAAGGAUGAGCUCCCUGAAUCUGCGUACAAUCACCAGCUGCUGGGCCUCAAUCUCCUCUUCCUCCUGUCACAGAACAGAGUGGCCGAGUUUCACACUGAGCUGGAACGGUUACCUGCCAAGGACAUCCAGGCCAAUGUAUACAUCAAGCACCCGGUGUCUUUAGAGCAGUACUUGAUGGAGGGCAGUUAUAACAAGGUGUUCUUGGCCAAAGGGAACAUCCCUGCAGAGAGUUACACCUUCUUCAUUGACAUCCUGCUGGACACAAUCAGGGAUGAGAUUGCAGGCUGCAUCGAGAAGGCAUAUGAGAAGAUCUUGUUUAACGAAGCCACCAGGAUAUUAUUCUUCAAUACUCCAAAGAAAAUGACAGACUAUGCAAAGAAGCGGGGUUGGGUAUUGGGCCCGAAUAACUACUACAGUUUCAGCAGCCAGCAGCAGAAUCCGGAGGAGGCCACAAUUCCUUCCACAGAAUUAGCCAAGCAAGUGAUUGAGUACGCCCGCCAACUGGAAAUGAUCGUAUAAAUACCGGGAAGUCGUUCCAGCCAACUUCCCACUUGUGUUCUCUUUUUCUGGUCUGCCUGUUCACUCGCCAUCCUCAUUUGUAUCACAUUAUUUUAUAGAUUGGGGGGUACAGGAUAUUUUGUAGGAAGGUAUAAUAUUAAAUGAUACCAUUUACUGGGCAGGUUUACACCUCUAUAACAAGCUUUUUUAUUUUUUUUAUGACUCUAUAUUAAAAAGGACCUUCCACCUGCUUAAACGUUUAAAUGGCCCUCGAUCGGUGCUGCUCCAGAGCCUCCCUCCCGAAAAACCAGGGCCCACCUGCAGCUGUGCAAGGGGGAGCGACCUUCACCCCUCUGACACUGUCCACACUGUGAGGGAGGCGCAGAGAUUUAAAAAUUUCAGCAGGUGACUGGUCCUCUUUAAAGGGCUUGUCCAUGAUUGUAAGGAACUAGGC